CGCGGCACGCUUACCUGCUUUAGGGGUUGUUGUUGCCCGGGAGUUGCGCUGUAGCGUUGCUUCCAUUGCUUUGCCUUUCACUUGCCGACUGUCGGACGUAGCGUAAAGUUCUCUUUUGUUAUUGUUGUUGUUGUUGUUGCAGGACUGUAUGAAAGCACCUCAAAUGGUUUAAUUGCAAACGCAACGUGCUCGUUUAUUGAUUUUUGCAUACAAAACAUAAGUCAUUUUAGAGGUAAGUGCCAUGAGCGUUAAGUCGAGUGCACGGAUAAAGAAGCGACGCUCGGCGGAGGCAGCAGCCGCAACGGCAUCCCCAUCCUCUGGCUCCUUUGCGGCCAUCAGCAGUCAGCGCGGCGCUGUUGGCGGCAGCAGCGUCGCCAACAACAACAGCAGCAAUAGCAAUGGCAAUGGCAAUGCCAGCAGUGGAGCCAGCGGCAGCAACUCGAAUGCCAAUCAGAAUCUCAGCAAGAAGCACAAUUUCGUCGGACGUAAUCCCAAUUUCGAUACGGACGAGACGAAGCUGCUCAUCCAGCUGUGGGGCGAUCCGAAGCUGCAGCGCACUCUGAUAACAACGCACAAGAAGCAUGCGGUCAUCUGUCAGCUGGCGGCCAAGAUGCAGGAAUAUGGCUAUCAUCGGUCGCCGGAGGAGAUCACGACGCGCAUCAAGAAUCUCAAGUGCUUCUACAAUCGCCUGAAGAAGGACAAGGAGUACGGCAUGUCCGGCGACACGGAGCCCAGUUGGAAGCAUUUCGCUGAGAUGGAUGCCAUCAUGACGCGUCCCAUAUUCAGUGUGCGUCCCAACGAGGUGCCGGCACCGUCACUUAAAUACCAAUUAGAGCAGGCAUUGGAAGAGCAUGCGGAGCGUCGGAAACGCCGCCAGGAGAACGGUGAGGAGCUGUCGGAGAGUGAAAACGAGGAGGACGACAUUCUGCUCUCCUCGCUGGUGCCCAAUGGCACCAACGUCAGCAAGUCCAAGCCGGAUGACAACGAAGGCGACGUCCAAGUGGAAGUGGACCCAGGCGACGUCUCGCCCAAGCGGCGAAAGCUCACCUCUGAGAAGGAUGUGGAGGAUGACGAGGCAGCUACACUAGAGACUCGCAUUAAGACUGAGCCAGUCUGUCAGCCGGAGUCAACUCCAGCGCCUGAGCUGAGCACAGCAGCAGCAACAACAACAGCAAUUCCUGCCGCAGCUGCCGCAGUUGCCCCAGAUCCCGAGGAGGAUGAUGAUUGCAUGCUGUUGCCGCUGCCGAAGGAGGAGCCCAUCGAUGUGGAUGCCGUCGAGGAGCCUGUUCCCGCAUCACCCAAAAUAGCCAGCACAGGCAAUGUAGUGACGCCCACGCGUCCUGUGAUGCCCACGCUCACGGACAUGCUGCAGCUGCCGAAGAACACGAAUCUGCUGCCGUACAGCGGCGCCAAUGUCAUCAUACCGGCCAAUAGCAUCAGCACCAGCGUCUCUCAGCUGACCAGCACAACGGCCAGCAGCAGUGCGUCCAGCGGCAAACUCACUCCGGGCAAGAUCUCGCUGGUGCCCACGAAUUUCCUCAUGCAGCCCAAGCAGGCGUCCAAUGCGACAGCAGCGGGCAAAGCGGUGAGCGCAGCUACCGGGACCCAGCUGCAGCUGCUGCAGAGCGCCAUUAAUCAAGGCGCACGUCUGAUGAUCAGCGGCUCGGCGCCCACGCCCGUGCAGGCGACGCCCAGCUCCGGUCUGGUCACGGGCCCCGGCGGCGUCAAGUUUGUGCUGGUCAAUGCGGAGCAGGCGGCGGCGGCCAAGGCUGUGGCAGCUGUGGGCAAGCCGACGGCGGCCGGGAUUACCACGGCAGCGCUGCCGCAGCAAACACAGCAGCAGAAGCUGCAUCAGCAGCAAACGGAAUACCUGACGCAACAGCAGCUCCAGCAGACACAACAGCAGCAGCAGCAGCAGGUGCAACAGUUGCAGCAAUCACAGCAGCAGCAGCAACAGCAGGUGCAACAGCAACAGCAACAACAAAAUCAGCAAUUCGAGAAAAAAGAGGAGAAACGUCGCGCCCAGGAAAUGCUGCGCGAGGAGCAACAGUCCAAGCGGCACAUGACAACCAUGAGAAUCAUGCUGCGCCAGCUGCUUAACGCCCAAAACGAGGCCAACGAGAUCCAACACAACCGCCUGUCGCUGGAGCGUGAGCGCCUGGACUGGGAGAAGUCAAUGGGUGAGCGUUUGCUCACAAUGCUGCCCACGCUGCUGCAGCCAACGGUGGCAACAGCUGCAGCCGCUGCGGCUGCUGCUGCAGGAGUUGCGCAGCCCGGACCGACGCAUCAGUCGCCACAGUUCAUAGUCUCAAGUCCGGCAGCAGCGGCGGCGGCGGCGGCAUCGGCGGCACAGCGUUUACAGCCGCCCAAGCUGCUCUUUACCACCGCCCUGCCCAUGUCGAAUGGCACCGUCUCCAUGCCCCACAUACUCAAUCCAAACAGCGCGCUGGCCACCUCGCUGCCAAAGGUCAUUGGAGCACCGGUGACAGCGUCUGCAGCAUCGGGUAAUGCAGCUGGAACAGCUGCCAGCAAUGCAUCAAAGACCGUAGAUAUUUGCACGGAUAUUAAUGAGGUACAGCUCGUCACUCCCAAGCUGGAGAAGGAUUGCUAAUUGUCGACAAUUCCUUUCCGCUUUUUUUUUGGAUUUUAUCGCAGUUACCAAGAGAAUACUCAAAUAAACUAUACACUAAAAUGUUUAUUGCUAUCUAAAUAUAAUGUAUACAUAUUUUAAUUAG